AUGGUCUUCAGCAAGGCAACUUUCGCGUCCGUCUUCGUCUCCCUGCUGGCUUGUGCUUCUGCAGCGGAAGUACCAAAGACUGAUUAUGAUGUUAUUGUGGUCGGCGGUGGCCCUGCGGGUUUGAGUGCGCUCAGCGGUGUGUCUCGCGUCCGCAGAACUGCUCUCUUGCUUGAUAGCCAGGAAUACCGCAAUGCUCCGACUCGGGAGAUGCAUGAUGUGAUUGGUAACGAUGGCACCCCGCCUGCUGCUUUCAGAACUCUUGCUCGAGAGCAGAUCUCGAAGUAUCCUACUGCUCACUUUAAAAAUGAGACCGUGGAAUCCAUCGUUCCUCUUGGCGAGGGAGAUUUCUCUGCCUUCACUGUCACCGACAGUCAGGGUGAAACCUAUACUGCGCGCAAGAUCGUGCUCGGCACAGGCGUUCGUGAUGUUCUUCCCGCCACCCCCGGCCUUCAAGAGGGAUGGGGCAAGGGUAUCUUCUGGUGCCCGUGGUGCGAUGGAUACGAGCACAGAGACCAGCCAUUUGGCAUGAUUGGCGACAUUACCGAUAUGCUGGGCAACGUGUUGGAGACCCACACACUGUACGACGAUGUCAUUGCGUUUGUGAACGGCUCGCAAACGGCCGACGGUGAGGCCCGCGCCACUGCCAAGGUCGCGGACUGGAAGGAGCAGCUCGCUGCUUGGAAUACUACCAUUGACAACCGCACCAUUACUUCUAUCGAGCGCCUCCGUGAUGGCGGCAAGAACCGGGAUGAGAGCGCUCAUGCGAAAUUUGACAAGUUCCGCCUCCACUUUACUACCGGCAGGCCAGUCGAUCGCAAUGCUUUGAUGGUCAACUUCCCUACUGUCCAGACCUCGUCGCUCCCAGCAGAAAUGAAUCUCGAGAUUGUCAAUAACAAAAUUAACGUCACUAGCGCCAUGCGUGCCAGUGAGCCUGGAGUCUUCGCUGUCGGCGAUGCGAACAGCGACGGUAGUACUAAUGUUCCCCACGCAAUGUUCUCCGGCAAGAAAGCUGCUGUCUAUCUUCAUGUCGAACUCUCUCGUGAGGAAUCCAAGGCAUUGGUCUCGAAGCGUGCCGAACUUUCCCACCGCGAACUUGAGGAAGAGGCUAUGACGUCAAUUGGUGACAACCUCGAUAGGGAAUGGAAGCGUGCUCUCGGCCAGCAGUAA